CUCCCGGAUCGACGAGUGUACGUUCGUGGCUGAUGCUCACACGGUUGAAGUUCUUUUUUUUUUUUCGAGAAAAUUGACACCGACAUUUUUUGCAUUUCAAAGCUGUGUUGAAUUUUUUCAUUCGCAAGUUUGAUCGGUGAUUUUUCAAAAAGUCCCGACAUUUUUAUUCCGAUAGCACGAGUGAUUGAAUUAUCAAGGACUUUGGGCGCCAGAUUUUCCAUUCAAAGGAAGUGCAAAGGUGAAUGGUGAUCAAGAAUAACGAAAUUCAACUGUCACCGGAAAGUACCGGAAUAAAUCAAAAAAAUGAAACUCCCAUCUCUGGUAUUUAUCAUUGGCUGCACGAGCUGGUGCACCGCAUUGCCAUCAACUCAGACAUCAACUCGACUACCAACAAAGACUAAACAAACGACACCACUUAAUGUGAGUACGUCCACUGCAUCAUUGACAAUGACUACUGAGCCAUCGACGAUAGUGGAGAGAUCCAGAACCUCGGAAAUUACAUACAGCACUGGAUUAAGUACUUUGACAACGAAAAAUAGUCAAAGUACGGAAUCAACAUCCCUUCCUCCGGCUAAGGAAACGCGUGAUUCCCCGGGAAAAAUUCGACCUCACAUCAGACUCAAUAUCAACUACACCAGUGCCAGUGAGAGUGGUGUACGAUUCCCAGAGGGUGCAUCGGCGGCACUGGCAAAGCCAACAAAGUACCACUACUAUCCCCACAACCAGCAUAUUUAUUUACUCCCCGAGUGUGCUGUGCAACAGGUCUGUAACGCAGUAUAUGUGAGAUUAAACUUUACCCAGCCACUAUGUGCCUGCCCUGGAAGAUACCGAGAUCCAUGCAGUGCAUCACUGGACAGUGACGACCUCCACACGACCGAGCUAAUCACGGAUCCACGGCCCAAGGCUUUGACACUCGUGAAGACCUGCGAACCCGUUGCUGAUAUGAGAGAAUGCAAAACUCCUAAAGACUGGUCAUUACUCGCUUUGCAAAAUGUCAGAACUGGAAAGUCUCAUUAUCUCGUAAUUUGCAGGUGCCCUGACAACAAUUUUUUAGAGGGACCGAUGAGUCAUGACCAACCGACCUACGCAAGUGUCCCUGGUAUUCGUGUCUAUGGGAUGAUGUGUGUACAAGCUAUCAGGAGAGGACGUCCACUACGGUACGGACGUAAUUUACUCGGUUUUGAACCACAAGAGGAAUCACAGCCGGCAUUUCCAUGGCACAGAGUUCCAGAAUUGUUGAAAACCGCCACCUGGGACUGACGCGCAUGUGAUAUUAUCACUUGAAUGAGUCAAUUAGACCCCUAAAUCCCGUACUAUUUAUUAUGAAAUUCCAUCCGCCUUCACUCACUUAUUCUACUCGAUUUUCCAUUGCGAUAUAGAUAUAUCUAUUUUCAUCAUUUAAUUUAUUACUCCAUUUAUUACAAAACGAGUCGAUUCAACCACUUUUUACGUCUCUAUUCGAAGUAAUGCGGUUGAAAAACUCCUAUUCUUUUCUCAACGAAUGGUUAGUAAAGGAAUUCGAGAGUAAAAUAUCGCGCAGGGACAGCCAAUAAUUUAACCCGCGUAAAAUACGAACGUAUUUGGUAUUUGGAUACCAGUUAAGCCCUUGAUGAAAAUUCUAAACGGUUUAGACGGCGCUCCUAUGAUUUUCCAAUACUAAAUAACUAUUUUCCUCUCUGCAAUAAGAUUGAUUACGAUGUAAGUUAAACGUAGCCGAUUUGAUUCAUCGCGCGAAGAUUGUUGCGAUAUAAAAAUAAUUUUUCGACUAGUGAUCGCAAUCAUUUUUUUCUUGUAAAUAAAACAUUUGAAAACAAAAAAUAUUGGGUAAUUAU